AUGCUGAUUAUGGGUAGAUUCGCGGAUGCAGAUAAAGUACGCGAUUGCUCAUCGUGUAGGAAACGCUUCACCGAUGUCUUCUGUAUGCCUGAGCUCUGGUGGUCAAGCUACAGCCGUCGAUCAAACGGCUACUUUGGAAGCGAGACAUUUCGCAAUAACAACGGAAUGAUCACUGCAUUGAACGUAGAUACCUGGUCACGAUUCCUCGUCAAGCAAUUGAACGAAACCUCCCAUCAAUGGCAUAAAUUCAACAUCCUAACACGCUGGAUAAAAGACCCCCAACAAACAAUCCUUCUUGUCUUCGAAGCCCCCAAACAACUUCGUCUUCGCGAUAGAUUCCCCGAUCCACUGCUCCUAAACUCCCACAAAGACACGCUCAGCGAUCCCUUCUGGUUCUACCCCCGUUUAUUCGAGGAUCUCUCUCUCCUUCAAGAUAACUCCGUCUGGGCAGUUCGCGACCACGUUCGAAGAAUUGAGAAAACAGAUCUUACGCAGAAACCUGAGCCUAAAUAUCGAGCUAUGCAUGAUACAGCAAGACAUGCUAUUCACGUCUCGGAGACGCUUGAAGUUGCGGAGAAGACUAUCACGGCAAUUAUACAGCUGCAUAGUACGUUUGAGGCUGAGGCCGCUGGGGGGAGUAGACCUGCAAAAGCAAAGUUUCGACAUGUAGGUGAACGAUUACUGUGGUACAUCCACAUCCUGCAAAGUCUACGCUGUAGAGCCUCCGCGAACAAGGAACGGCUUCUUAACGAGAUCCAACUCGCGUUCAACUCAGUAGCGCAGUACGAUUCUCGCAUCUCCGUCAAGAUCGGCCAGGCAACUCAAUCUGACAGCGCAGCUAUGAAGACCAUAGCUUUCGUGACGCUCACAUUCUUACCUGCGACUUUUAUAUCAGCGCUGUUCAGCAUGUCGUUCUUCAAAGUUGAUGAUGACACGGGAGUCUGGAGUGUGAACGAGAAGUUCUGGGUGUAUUGGGUGUUUGCGGUUCCAGCGACGUUGUUCACAUGGGGAUUGUGGCUAUCGUGGCAGUGGUUUUAUAGACCAGUUAAGAUUGGGGAGGAGGAGAAGCCCGUGAAGAAGUUUGGGGACUUGAUUAGGUUUGUGAAACGGGGAGGGACUGAUGAGGAAUACCAGAUCUCUUGA